UUAGAUAUAAGGCCAAACUUCCAACAUACGGGGACUUAUUUUAUACUAGAAAAAUGACAUCUACAGCAGGCAGCACGGCCGUUGAUACUCAAGUUUCUGGUCCAAAUAAUGGAGGUAUUCGUCAGAGAAUUCAUGAUUUUACAACGUUCUUAUACAAUGGAGAGCAAGGAACAGUUCUCGGCCGUACAGGAAAGAGCUGGGCCCAGGUUGGCCUGUUCUAUCUUGUCUUCUACACCUGCCUUGCUGGCUUUUUCGCUGGUAUGUUGGCUGUGUUCUACUACACACUAGACUGGAAUGAACCUCGAUUGAAGGGCUCCGAUUCAUUGCUCAAACAGAAUCCAGGCCUUGCAUUCCGCCCACUGCCAGAUGUCUCUACCACUCUGAUCCGCUUCAACAAGGCACGUGCGUCCACGUACACACCGUAUGUGGACCACAUCGCUGGAUUCCUUCAAUACUACGAGAACGAACUCCAGACCACAGAGUCGGGAACCAUCGUGGACUGCGGGUCGGUGACUGGCUACCGUAACCAGGAAGACUGGAAGAAGGCCUGCCACUUUGACAUCAGUCUUGAGCUGGGAGACACCUGCGUCAAGCAGCAGUCGUUUGGGUAUGAGGAUGGACAGCCAUGCGUUCUGCUGAAACUGAACAGGAUCUUUGACUGGCUACCUGAGCCGUUUGACAACACAACGCUGCCUGCUGAUUUGAAGGAUGAUGAUGGAGCCCCUCUCAGUAUUUGGCAUGAGUACUACUUGACUGUCAGGUGUUUUGGAGAGAACGCUGCUGAUAAGGAUAAUCUGGGCGAUAUCAUCUACUACCCAAGCAAUGGCUUCCACUACAAGUACUUCCCAUAUCGCAACCAGCAGGGGUAUCGCUCCCCCCUUGUGUUCGUCAGGUUUGAUAACCCCAUGCCCGCACAACUUUUCAUGAUCACCUGCAAGGUAUACGCCAAGAACAUUGAGUACGACUUUAUGGACAAGUCAGGAUUGGUCCAUUUUGAGCUUAUGGUUGAUUAACGUCGGUCUUGCAUUUGUUUUUCCUUUUCUGAAAAUGUCACCUAGCAAAUAAUAAGUUUUCGUUUUGAUUCAAAUGUGGGGCUGGAAGGCGAGACUUCAGAAUUGUAUUUUGACUUUUCUUGUUUGUUUUUAAAAUAUUUUGUCUAUCCACAUACAGAAAUCGUGAAUUGAGAAGGUAUUGAUCAGGAAAGCAUUUGAUAUCACGACUGUUUUUUAAAAGUGCACGCUUUUUGAAAAUUUCAACAUGUGAUAAGUUGUAUUACAUUUAUAAAUUGUUUGACAUGUAUUCACUAUUUGAAUAACUUUCAUUUAACAUUUGUUUAUCAGUUUAUCAGGUAUACAUGUUUUUUUUAAGUUGUUUACUAACUGACUUCUUUUCAGUUGGGACACUUGUUUGAACGUAAUCUUGUUGAACCUUGUACAUUCCUUGUACAUAUAUAGUACCGUUGUGUUUUUAUCAUCAUAUUUUUACCCAGUUGUACUUAAAUUUUUUAAGAACUUUGGUAAGAAAAGUUGGCCAAAGUGUAAUGUCAUGAUUUUAUUGAGCUAGCUGCAAAAACAAGCGGUUUAAAUCUAAAGAUCUACAGAGACCUGACUUUUGGGUCGUUUCUGCCCUACUUACCAGAAACCGUUUCUAGUCAUGGAAUUGUUGAUAUUGCAUUUUGGUUUGGUUUCCAUUCAAAUUGAUAUUUUGUGCAUCAAAAUAACCCUACUUACAUCUUCUACAUUUUUCUCAAAAGAAUUAUGCAUUCUAUAUCAAGCAAGUGGUUACAUUAACAUAUCAUAGAUGAACUACGUGCAAUGUACAUGGUGUAUUUGUUAUCGCCAAAGGCUGUGGCCUUGGUUUUAAUUGACGUAUUUAUGUAAAUUUGCAAAAAAAUUAUGAUAAAUGAUUAAUGUCAUACAUAAGUCAUUUGUUAACUAAAUGUAUUUGUACUUAGUUUGACAUAAUCUGUUCGUUUAGUCAGAUCUUGUAUUUCUAUAUUAAGCUACUGUGCUAUUUUCGCCGAAAGUAAAGCCAAGUGUUCUUUAUAAUUUGUAAUGACACAAAACAUUUCGGUUAGAAUCUCUUGUUUUAACAGAGUCCCUUAAAAAGCUUUAAAACAUUUCCCAAGAAAAAAAUUUGUUCAAAACCUUUGAGCUGGUAUUAGUUGGCAUGUUUGUGUAUGUAUGCUUGUGUAUAUGUGUCUUAUAGUUUUGUUCAGAAUUGUUAUGUUUAAUGAAUAAUUGCUGGUAAUUCUGGAGAUUAUUAGAGUCUCAGUUUGGGAAAAGUGGACUUAAAGCAUGUGUGCUUAACGCGUGUGUGCAAAGUGUCCUCCCAGAUUAGCCUGUGCAAAGUGUCCUAGCAGAUUAGCCUGUGCAAAGUGUCCUAGCAGAUUAGCCUGUGCAAAGUGUCCUCCCAGAUUAGCCUGUGCAAAGUGUCCUAGCAGAUUAGCCUUCACUAAUGCACAGGCUAAUCUGGGACUGUACUGUCAGCUCCUAUUGUUUUUUCGUUAAAAAGAAUUCUAUUUUUAGUGAAAAAUCAAGUUCAGACGGAAAGUUGUUCCAGAUUUACCUGUGCUGACCUGGGGCUCACAUGUUUUAAGCCCAGUUUUUCCAGAUUCAUACUUUUUCUCUGCUGCUAUUGGUUCAGCGAUGGUCGUCAAUUGGUGUAAGGUUGAUGUCUCGUCCAUCCGCACUACCUGUGGGCUGUAGCCAGCGCAUGGGUAGGGGCGAGCUUGUCACUGAUGUUAAUAAUGUCAAGGUCUGCUGAGGAUUCCCAGGCUCCGUUGUCUUGUUGUUGUUGUUGUAAUGUUGUGAUCGUGUAAUAAUCAGAGAUAUGUAGUCCAGAGUAUUUUUAUUUUCAAUUUUUGUUGUACUUGUGUCAAGAUAUUAUUAUAUUUACUCAUGCAAUAAUCAUGAUAGGGCUUGUAUAAUCUCUGCUAUUACAUUCUCAGAACCUAUUUUGUCCAUUGUUUCUUUAAUUUUGUUUUCCACUGAUUUGAGCGUUAACAAAUGAUCUUUGAGCGAUGAAAACGUAAAAAUGUUAACAGUAAGUAGUUAAGGUCAGUAAUUCAGGUCUAAACGACUGUGUUGGUGUAUGGAUGGCUUUCUAAGACGACCCUGUUGGUGAUAGUUAUGGACAUAUGGACUCACAGAAAUAAACAUAAGUCACUCUACGGCUUAUUUUAGUGAGCUGUUCCAACUCGACACUGUUUGUAUGGAGAUGCGCUGUACAACUUUGAGUAACGAGUGUGCAGAUAAUUUCAAUGGCAUAAAUUUAUAAGUUUAUCUCAAAAUUUAAGGAUUCAGUCUAUUGAUACGUAGCAAAGUUCUUUUAUCUUGGACAUUUGUUGGUAGGAGAUGUUGAAGUAGACCACACUUAAUCAGUCUUGAGUUUUUUUGCAUUUUAUAAUCAACACGUAGCCUAUAUGCAAUGUAUGGUGUUCCUUUUUUCCUUGGCAUACCUAGUGUAGAUCUAGUUUGGUAGGUGGUGUUCUUUCAGAUUUGUGGUGUUGGUGUGUACUUUUCUUGUACCCCUUUGUUUUUGUAUUUUUCACCUAGAAGUAUACUGGGACAGUUGUGGAAUGGAAUGCUUAAAAUGAAACAGAAGCACCAGGAAAAGCAAUGGUCCAGAUUUGUUAUUUCGAGGACCCCAAUAAGCUUCUGUAGUUUGAAUUGUGCUUGGACCUUGACUAUUAAUACCUUCUAAACCAUUGGCGACUUUCAUUACGAAAUAAUUUUGUUUUACCAGCAAGGAAAGUGUGAGAGUUUUGUAUGAAGUAUGCAUUUUGUAUGGUUGUGUAUGGAAUGUUUCUGAGUUACGAAUGUAUGCUUGUAAUAAAUAAAGGCAGGUUUGGGGAUGUCCAUUGUUCAAACUGUGCAGGGCAGUGUUUGUACGAAGGGGUGAAAUGCAUUUAAUGCAUGACUAUUGAGCGACAUAUAUGAUCGAUAAUACCACCAAUCGAGCAGACAUCAUCCCGCGAACCAUCUGUAUAGACACUGGCCUGUACAGAACCAAUGGAUUCCCUACUUGUCUGUGAUCGUAAUGAUUUUAUACAAUACCAGUUCAGGUUGCAUCUAUAUUCAUUGAAAACAUUUUUUUUGGGGUUAUCUCGAUUGUGGUGCAAAUACUUAAAAGGGCUCUGGAAAGUAUUCUCUCCUAAGUAACCAAAUUUAGCUAGAUAUGUCAAGUACUUGUAAUCGUAUCAUUGCACUUUUCCAGGUCAGUUUGUUUAAAGCGUCGUGUUGAAGACCUUUUUCAAAGUGAUUGGAUAAAAUCCCAAAGUAUUAACGUGUUUGGGAUUUUGUAGAAUCAAGAGUAGUUUUCAAUGACUUUGUAUAGUUUGUAAUUCAUGCGAGAAUUGUUAUCCAAGAGUCACACUUUUGUAAAUUUCACAAGUUCUGUUUUAUUAAUGUUAUUUUAUACCUGAAAAUAACAAGCUAUUUUUUGUAGUUUUUUGUAGUGCUGCAAUAUCGAAUCUCAGAACUUUUGUUAAUGUUCACAGAAUUGUUUACAUCAGUAUUGGAUUGAAAUCAGAUUCCAUGUAAUUAUUAUUUACCAUUUUCAUUGAAUAAAGCAUUUUCGUAGUCCGUUCGUGCAAACCUGUACAUUCACAGCAGUUGUUUUUAUCUACAAUAAAGAUUGAUUAGUA